CACUAAAUCUCCAGCCUAAAAGAUCAAAUGCGGCCUUCUACUUCGCCGGCUCCACCGGUUUCUUCCGGCGAGUCGCCGGUUAUGUCUUCCACUUCGAAUUCCACGUGUAGUCCACACAUAUGCAGGUGGCACCCCUACACGAACGCAAAUGAUUUUCAAGAUAACGUAGCCAUGGUCUUAAUCAUUCUCUUCUGUGCUCUAAUCUGCUCCGUGGUUCUCAACGCCGUCAUCCGUUGUUUCUUACGCGGUGGUCACGGCGGAGGAGGAGGACGCCGUUCGCGGCGUUUCGGCCUUCCAUUAACCCAGCGAGAGCUCGAGGAGAGAAAGCCUGUCCCGGAGGCGGGUAUAGAACGCAUGGUGGCGGCUCCAACGGUGGUCUAUUCGGCCGGGAUGAAGCUCGCCGGAGCGGAGGGUGAACCCGAAUGCGCAAUUUGCUCGUCGGAAUUCGUGGAGGGCGAUGGGAUUCAAGUGCUCUCGAAAUGUAAACACGGUUUCCAUGUGCAAUGUAUUCAGCAGUGGUUGGCUUCGAACUCCUCUUGUCCCACCUGCCGUUGUAGUUGUCUUCCGCCGUCACCGGCACCGGAAGAAGCCACCCGUCAGUGCGUCGAUGACGGUUCUCGACCAGUGAUACCAGAACGGGAACCAUAGACAGCUUUGGUAGGUCGUCUCUAUGCCGUACGUUUUUUUUACAUAUUCAAUACUCCUUUUUCUCGUCAAAUAUCGCUCCC